GAUAUAUGACCGCGAAGACUUGUGGGUAAGCAGGAAGUAAACAAAGACACGUUGAGCAUGGAGUGCACAGGGCAGAAGCACAUCUCAGACAGGAAAAGCGUUAAUAAGACGGAUAUUUUGCGGGAUUUUCGGGUGUCUUUCUUCGCCAUGAGUCGUCUGGCUUCGUUUCCCUGGACGUUUUUAGAAGAAGACCUUGAAAGCACCAAAUCGUCAGACUUGAUUUCAGACAUCUUAAAACAGACGUGUCUUCACUCUCUGUGCCGGAAGUUUCCACCUUCAGUCCGCUUCCGGAGGCUCUUCCUGUCCGAACUCAUCAGACGGCAGGAGGCUGCGGGCUGCGACCCCCUGGACGAACUGUACGACGCUCUGGCUGAGGUGGUGGGAGCUGAAGACUCGACAGAGUGCUACAAAAACUACUUACUGCCCAGCGGUGAUGCCGUCAGCCUGUUGGAGAGCGUCGCUCUGAUCUCCGAGGGGACCACCGGCCUGGUGACCUGGGAGGCUGCUCUCUACCUGGCAGAGUGGGCUCUGGACCACCAGCAGGCCUUCGCUGGCAGGACGGUGCUGGAGCUGGGAAGCGGCGUGGGGCUGACCGGCAUCACCAUCUGUCGCUCCUGCAGUCCGAGCAGAUUCGUCUUCAGCGACUGCCACCCGAGCGUCCUGCAGAAGCUGAGAAAAAACGUCCGUCUGAACGGCCUGACGUCUCCUGCCGUCAGCGUGGAGGAGCUGGACUGGACGGCAGCCACGGAGGAGCAGCUGUCGGAGAUCGGGGCUGACGUGGUCAUCGCUGCAGAUGUGGUGUUUGACCCCGACAUCGCAGGAAGUCUGGUGAAGCUGCUGUCUAAGAUCCUGAAUCGUUCAUCUCCUGACGUCCUCGUCUGCUCCACCGUCAGAAACCAGGAAACGUACGGCGGCUUCAAGCAGCAGCUCGGCGGGAAUCAGCCACCAUGUGAUCCCAGGCCCCGUCAGCCACGUGUUCGCUUACAGCAGAACCUCCACCAUAGAAAUGAUCCGACUGCACACGUGACACAAUAAAGACUUUAUAUACAAAAGAA